UAGCGCCCACGGCGCUUGGGGAAUGACAUAUGAUGACAUGGCUCUUGCACCUCCUGCGAUGCUUAACAAUCAUCCGCCCAUGUUUCGCCUUGGACUUCCUCGACUGCUCGGGGGAGCACUUCGAGCCUCGCUGGAGCUCCUUCCAGGCACUGCUCCCGGCAUCCGUGACGCCGGAGACGCCGCUGUCGGAGGCACAGCUGAACGAGGCUGCGGACCUGGUCGACACACUGGAGGAGGUGGACUGGGCCGAGGUGGUCUCCGCCUUCAGCAGCCGUUUGCGGGGCGAGCUCACCACUGAGCAGCUGGGUGGCUUUUGCUUGUUUGGAGCGGUCACUGCUUAUACUGUGGUCGCCUAUCACCUGGCCAGGGGUGCGGGAGAUGAUCCAAUCCCCUCGACAGCGAAGAAUCUCUUGGCCCGAUCUUUGAUGAUCCUGGCGAAAAAGCAGGUGAACGACUUCCUGGAAUCCUCGUGGUGGCCGGUGCGCUCGCUGGACGUGGUGGCCUUGCUGGAGCUCGAGGACUUCCAACAGGUGCGAAACCUUCGUUUUGAGAUGCCCUGCUGGCUCCGCCUGGGCUGCAGCCGGCCGGAUAUGGAGGAGCGGGCAUUGCUUCCUCCAGCACCGCCUUUGGAGGCCUCGUGGCCAUCCAACGUCGUGGCCGUUGGACUUCACACGACUUCGACCUUGGAGGUGGUCACGGCCUUGAGGGACGCCAUCACGGAGUCAUGGGGCCGGGGAGGAGCUGGAGGAGCACCCUUCAACAUCCAGUAUGCCGGACAUCCUUGCCCGUCGCACUCCGGGAGCGAACACCACUGCGCCAUGCGCUGUGAGCUCCUUGGCAUUUGCAGUGCGGCAGAGGAUGCCGCCGACGCCCUGGCGGAGUUUGUGGCUGGUGCAGUGGACGUGGCAAAAUUCGAGGAACGUGAGUCCUAUGCCAUGGACGAAGCCCGUGCAGCCCUACGUUGGGCCCCACGAAGGCUGGAACCAGUUCGGCAGGCGGAGUUGAUCGUUUGCACUUUCCCGACGGUCCUAUGCGUUUUGCUCCACGAGUUUUUCCCUGAGACACCCCAGCUCUACGUGGCCAUUGCAAAUCCCCUUUUUGCAGCUCCCGGUUGUACCAAGCAAGAGGACUCUACGGUGCGCCACUGUGAGACUGCCGAGGCCCAGGAGUUCCUUUUGGCGUUUCGUUCGAUGCUCUCGGAUGGAGUGGUCCGUGGAGUGGCCGCCUACACUGUGACGACUGCGCUUGUCGCCUACCAGGCCGGUGUUGUUCUCCCUUUGGCAGGCGGAUAAACGUGGCGGGACAGGAUUUAUAAGAGAUACGAGCCAGAGGAAGUGUGUACUGUGGAAGAUCUGAAAUUGGAGUUUGUUUGAUUAAGGCUUAAGGUGUCACGACUCCAUUCAGA